CCGGGAGCUACGCCGAACACUCCAGUCCUCGCUCCCGACUGUUCAUGUUCAUGUUGUGUCUCAUGUCUCGUUUACUACAUAGCACGCCUGCCAAAUACAUUAAAACACUCGAGUUUUAGUGCGUACGAUCUUGUAGUGUUGGGGAAUUCAUUCAAGUCUUCGCGUUCGAGUCGGUUUUUUAUUCGCCCGUUGGAAGGAAAAGUGCCAAUUUCUGUGGAUUUAACCCGAAGACGAACCUGGCUAUCUAACACUAAUGGGAUCUGGCGGGAUAUAAAUCAUGGAAGUUUACAUCUGGCACUUCAUGGUCUUAGCCCUCUGCGUUUUCAAUGACAGGCAGGCAGAUGCCUUCACAUCGUCAGAUUUCGACCAACUGGAUACUUUCGAGAACAUCACCACCGUCGCGAACAUCACCGUCGCCCUGCAAUGCCCCCGCAGCGCCACCGCGUGGAGGCGGUAUUCAGACAACAGCAAAAACAUCACCUGGAACUUGCUAAGAAACGGCUCUUCCACCUACGAAUUCGCGCCGAAGAGCCACGCCGAGAGCGGCGUGUACGGCUGCUUCGUCAGCGGCGAGCUGGUGAAGACCUUCAACGUGACGGUGCUGGAGCCGCCCCGCUACGGCCGGAAGAACCUCCCGAAGCUGGUGGGCAAGCCGGCCGGGAACUUCGUCAAGCUGAAUUGCCGGGCCACCGGCUAUCCCCUGCCUAACAUCACUUGGUUCAAGGAGGACAAGACGCCGCCGACCCGCAAACUGGGCGACAUAAAGACAGGACACUGGUCGCUCACUUUGGAGGAUUUGGUGUCGGCGGAUUCCGGUAAUUACACGUGCCUCGUGUGCAACGUUCUGGGAUGCAUCAACCACACUUUCGAAGUCAACGUAGUGGAGCGAUAUCACAAUACUCCUAUUAUAACAAAUAAACUAGUCAAUAUGACGGUUGUGGCGGGCGAAACUGUAUCCCUUAACUGCCAAUUACUGUCCGACUUGCACCCGUCCAUGUUGUGGGCGAAACUGUCGAGUUACGAUAAUAAUUGUUCGCUCGAGGAACUCAAAGAUUGUAAUGCUACCAAGCUUCAGACCAGCGACGAUGGUGCGAUAAACCCCGACAUAUACGAAAUCAUCAAUGUAACGCACGAAGACGAAGGAUGGUACGCCUGCUUCGCCUCGAACAGCCUGGGAACCACCGUAUCCAAGGCUUAUCUCACGGUAGUCGACGAGGAACCAGCAGUCCAGAACAGUAGCAACGAUAAUAACGAUUCAAUGAUAAUCAUCAUUGUCGGUGUAGCUAUUAUAUUCGUCGUGUUCAUCAUCUCGUUCAUAUGCAUACAUUAUCGACAGAAAAUAAAAAGGGAAAAGAGGGAGAAAAUGAUAGCAGUCGAAACUGCCAGGGCUGCAAUCGUAACCCAAUGGACGAAGAAGGUCAUCAUCGAAAAAAUCAACAAUUCCAAAGAAAACGUAUCGGAACCACUGUUGAUGCCCGUGGUUAAAAUCGAGAAGCAAAAGCUGCAAAGCAACAACGCCGAAAACGGCAUCAUAUCCGAAUACGAGCUGCCCAUGGACUCCGACUGGGAGAUACCCAGGGACCUGCUGGUCCUCGGCAAGAACCUCGGCGAAGGCGCCUUCGGUCGCGUGGUGAAAGCGGAGGCUUCGAACAUCGUGAAACCGGGAAGCAAGAGCGUCGUGGCCGUUAAAAUGCUGAAAGAGGGACACACCGACAACGAGAUGAUGGACCUCGUCUCCGAGAUGGAAAUGAUGAAGAUGAUCGGCAAGCACAUGAACAUCAUAAACCUGCUGGGCUGUUGCACGCAAGGCGGCCCGCUGUUCGUGAUCGUCGAGUACGCGCCCUUCGGGAACCUGAGGGACUUCCUGAGGCAGCACAGACCUUCGUCCGGUUACGAAUUGGCUGUUGGAGAGAAGAAGACUUUAACGCAGAAGGAUCUGGUUUCCUUCGCUUACCAGGUGGCUAGAGGCAUGGAGUACCUCGCCUCCAGAAGGUGCAUUCAUAGAGAUUUAGCGGCGAGGAAUGUGCUAGUAAGCGACGAUUACGUAUUGAAAAUCGCCGAUUUCGGUUUAGCCAGAGACAUCCACUGCAGCGACUAUUACAGGAAGACCACCGACGGGAGAUUGCCUGUAAAAUGGAUGGCUCCGGAAGCUUUGUUCCACAGAAUGUACACAACGCAAUCCGACGUGUGGUCGUACGGAAUAUUGCUUUGGGAAAUCAUGACAUUAGGCGGUACUCCUUAUCCAUCGGUGCCGAGCGUCGAGAAGCUCUUCCAGCUGCUGAGGAACGGGCACCGGAUGGAAAAGCCGCCGUGCUGCUCGCUGGAAAUCUACAUGCUGAUGCGGGAGUGCUGGAGCUACCAGCCCAACGAGCGGCCGGUGUUCGCUGAGCUGGUGGAAGACUUGGACCGGAUACUGAUGAUCACCGCCAACGAGGAGUACCUGGACUUGGGCCUGCCCCAGUUGGAUACGCCUCCUUCGAGCCAGGAGUCCAGCUGCGACGAGCAGGACUAUCCGUUUCCGUGACGCGCGAUCGCCUACUAGUCAUUAACUCAAGCAGCUUCUUGUGAUUUUUUUUUGUUGGAUUGUUUGCGGAGGUUAUCGCUUCCAGCGAUACGUACGUGAUGAUCGGCCGUUUGCUGUUGUUGAUACGUUCGAUUAAAUGCGAAUUAACGGACAAUUAUCGAUGGACUAUAAUGGGAGACGUUAUCGAAAUUGUUGUUUAUGGAAAGGUUUAAUACUCAGCACAUUCUCUAUUAGUUUUCGUAAAUAGAACGGUAAUUUUUUUUCAGAUUAAUUUGUUUUGUACGCAGAUUAUUGUACGAUUUGUGGAUGCACAAUAUUUUACGAGUUUGUGGUAUUGUACUCAUCUGAGAUGACGGUUUUUUUGUGUUUGGAUUUAUGUAGUUGUAAAUAUAAUACGAUGAUUGCGUUAUUAUUUAAUUAGUAAUGGAAAUGAUGAUUUACGAGCGUUGCUUUUUUUAUUUGUAAUUGUCAAACAUGAAGGAAAUGUUAGCAUUUUUUACUGUAAAACGAAUAAUUGUGCUAAUAUUAAUUGCAAUUUGUCCGAAUUAAUUUGUCGACAAAACUUAGUUAUAUAAGUUGUUAAGACUGUGUACAAUCAUGUUUACUAAAUUUUUCAAUAUAUUUAUUAACCAU